AUGGUGCUCUUCGUGGACCACUGCGACCUGCUGAACCAGUUCGAGAAAUUCCAAGGAUUGGAAACCCAAGACGAAGAGGCGGAGAGGAUGGAACUGGCUGACCACGCCAGGAUCGUCAUGACCACCCUGGACACGAGCAUCAGAUCUCUGGACAACCUGGACGAGUUCUUCCAGUACGUCUACACCGUCGGGGAGGCUCACACUCGAAUACCGGAGUUCCAGAAGGAAAAUUUCAUGAAAAUCAAGGGACCUUUCCUGUACGCGGUGCGAGAGACGCUGCAGGAGCGAUAUACGCCAAACAUCGAGGCCGUCUACAGGAUCACGCUCGAUUUCAUCAUCGGGACCCUCGUCGAAGGAUACGAGAACGCCCUCAAGAACCAGCAGAAUGAGUUCGAUUCGAGAGGAGACGAAUCCGAAAUGGAACUUCUCAAUCCGUCCACUUGA